UGGCAGGCCCCGGGGUUGGAGAGGAGUGGUUCGACGGAUUGCUCCACGUGCACUUCCACGGAACGUCCUGGUCCCGUGAUGGGAAAGAAGAGGGAGGCCGAAUCUCCCAUUCCUGGGAGGGGACCUCCCGCCCCUGCGUUCCGCUGCACUGCCGCUGCCCCAAUGUAGGAGAACCCAGCCCUGAGGGCAGUCUGUGGUCCGGGAGUCGGUGACAUCUGUCGUGGAAAGCCCAGGAUGGUGGAGACCAGGGACCUAGUGCAGCUGCGGCAGCUCAACCUGGAGCUCCUGCGGCAACUGUGGGUCGGGCAGGAUGCCGUGCGGCGGUCCGUGGCCAAGACAGCCUCAGAAUCAAGCCUGGACUCGAGCAGCAGCUAUGACUCAGAGAUGCCAUCGUCCCAAGAGAUGUCCUCAGUUGCCUCGAGAGCCUCCUGCCCACAAGAUGCCCACCCUGAUGACCCCUGUGGUAGGUACUGGCCUGGCGAGGCCAGCUCUGGGAUGAACUCUCUCCCAAUUGCCAAAUGCCUACACCGGGAGUCCCUGGGCCCACCGAGGCCCCACUCAGCUCCCUUACUGGCCAUCUCAGACUCAAGUGACCCAGAGCUUUCAGCAGAGCUGGACAGUCCAGGAACCCAGGAGGCCCAGGCCCUGAGGUCCAUCUUGGCUCGACAGGGCAAGUUGUCCAAGCCAAGAGUGACCAACAAGGAGUCUCCAGUGCCUGAGAAGAGCUGGCGCCUGAGACCCUACCUGGGCUAUGACUGGAUUGCAGGGUCCCUGGACAACACCUUUCCCGUCACCAGCAAGCCUGAGGCCUUCUUCUCGAAGCUGCAGAAGUUCCGGGAAGCCAACAAGGAGGAGUGUAUUUGCAGUGGCCCUGAACCCCAGUUCCUAGGCCUGCAGGAGAGUGAUGCUGUGGAGGGGGACCACGAAUGCGUGUACUGUUACCGUGUCAACCGGCGCUUGUUUCUGGUGCCUGCAGAUCCUGGCACCCCUUGCCGCCUGUGCAGGAAGCCACGGGACCAGCGGGGUGCGGGGACCCUGGCAGAGCCAGCACAGGUCAGGGUGAGCAUCCCACUAUCCGUCCUGGAUCCCCCGCACCGGCACCGCAUCCACCGGCGGAAGAGCUUCGACGCCUCCGACACGCUGGCGCUGCCCCGGCACUGCUUGCUGGGCUGGGACAUUAUCCCUCCAAAGUCUGAGAAAAGCUCAGCCCCCAAAACCCUGGACCUCUGGUCCAGUGUCUCCUCUGAGGCCCACCAUCAGAAGCUGUCAGCCACCGGCUCUCCUCACCUGGCUGUGCCAACGCGGGUCCCACCCCCGACCCCAAUCUGGUCAGAACCCUCCUCCAUGCCUCGGCCCCGCUCCCCUAAGCCGAAGCCCUGAGGAGUGGCCACUUGGAGGUGAAGGUGCUCCUGCUGUCGUUUCAGCUUCUCCCCUCUGGCAGGGGUGCCCACGAGAGGAGAGCCUUGCCCAGUCUUGGCUGGAGGUGGACUCAGGCCCCACCUUCCUUCCUAGGCUGGGGGCCCUGGCCUGUCUCCUUCCUGGGGACACAGAAGGGGACUCUGGGGUUGGGGUGAGGGGAUUCUGUGACACGUUUGUGAGUAAAGCUCAGUGCUCCCUGCAGCCCUAGAUUCCCACAUGUGCUGGGUCUGUCCUGCCGAUGCCCUUAGAACCUCGGAGGUGCCCUGGCCUCAGCCUGGCCCUCCUCAUCUGGGGAAGGACGCCUCUGACAGCGUGUGCCGGGUGGGGUGGAUCCAGCACUGAGUGUGGCUGUUUUGGGGGUGAGGGUCCCCAAAGCAGGCUGGGGUCAAGGUCAGCAUUAAAAGGCCCCCUCAGCAAGGGGCUUGGGGUCUCAGGCCGGCCCCUGUAGAUGAGGCUGAAGCUGUGACAGUGGGGAGUGAAUGAGUCCUUCCCCUCUUGACCCCUGACACCGGGGUUCAGUGAUAAAGGAAUGCUCUUAAAGUUCCUGGGUCCCCUGGCUCCUUUAUUUCCAUCUCAAGCCCAACCCUAGAAACCAUGGAUGAUUCAGAGCCCCAGCAGGGACACCUGGGAAACAAAAGGCCAGGAGGGUUCAAGUCAGAGGCAAGUGCUCACCUCUGCCCUCCUGAAUUAGUAAGGAGCACCUGUCUUUCCCCCUAUAUGUUGAAUAAUAUGAACUUUCUAAUUUGUAGGAUAAAAAUGGAAUAGCUGGGGAACCUAAGGCCAGGGAAGGCAUGUGUUUUUUCUGAGGUUUCUAGCUUAGAGGGGUGGAACUAGAGCUGUGGCCUGUGGCUCCCACCUGGAGCUUGUGAAGCUGAGAAAACCUUUCCCCGCCAGUCACAGCACAUGUAUUAGGAUAAGUGAGGUUAUGCCGCAGCAACAAAUGAACUCCCGGAUUACGGUGGUCUGACAUAAAGACUUAUUUCUUGCUGA